UAGGAACGCUUAUAGUCGAUCUUAUUACAUCAAACACAAGAAUUCAAAGUCACUUCUCUCAUCUUGGUCCCAAAAUUCCUAAAGCUUUCCAGUUUCCACAUUUCCCCUAAGUUGAAAAUUUUUCAUAUUCUAAAAGGAAAAUUCUUCCAGAAACCAUACUUUUAUCACCGAUGGAGAAGCUACAAAAGAUGGUAUCCGAGAAACCUGUUGUGAUAUUCAGCAAGAACUCGUGCUGCAUGUCCCACACAAUCAAGACUCUCUUUGUCGACUUUGGCGUGAACCCAACGAUCUAUGAGUUAGAUGAGAUCAACAGAGGUAAGGAGAUAGAACAAGCACUGGCUCAGCUAGGCUGCAGCCCGACUGUUCCUGUGGUGUUCAUAGGAGCCCAACUGGUUGGUGGAGCCAAUCAAGUCAUGAGUCUUCAUCUCAAUCGCUCUCUCGUCCCAAUGCUUAAGCGCGUUGGAGCGUUAUGGGUUUGAUUAUAAACGCACACAAUAUUCUAAUGUUUUGUAAGAACAAGAUGAAACUAAAAAAAUGAAAUCAUCUAUACAUAUAUUUGAAGUAAGUCUACCUAAGUUUUGAGGAGAUAAUGAGUCUACCUA